AUGUCUCAGAACACUGAUCACUAUCCAUUGGCUACUUCGGCUUCAUCAGCAUCUCCAAACAAUAAUAAUAAUAAACGACUUCUAUCCCAUCCACACUUUCUUCCGACCACAUUAGACUUCAAUACACCUUCAUCAAUAGUGAGCAGCAUUCAAAAUGAUUCGCCAUCAUCGCAAUCUCAUACGUCGCCCGUUGUCAGUGAUGUUUGCACUAGUAGCAAAAAUGGUGUCCGAAACCCAUCGGCAAUGAUGAAAACUAAGGAUGGUAAUUCACCCAAUGGUGUACCCUUCACACCACCGGUGGCUAAAACUAAAAAAGACCAUAAUCGUAAUUUAAAAUCACAAUUCUAUACAUAUGAAAUGGCAGGAAAUGAUAAUGAAGACCUUCAUUCCCCGUUUGAAUUAGAUGUUCCACUUUGUGAGAAUCAAUCAUUAAAAAAAAUUCAAAAUGAUUUUCUUAUCGAUCGAAUGUUAAAAGACGAUAGUAACUCAAAUUUCACUUUACAAAAUCGAUCUUCUAAUCAACAAUCUUAUACAAAUGUUCUCAAUCAUUCAUCACCUCUUCUAACACCCUCAUCUGAUCAUCAUGAUAUAGAUGCAUUAAGUGAUGCAGGUACAUAUAUUAUUGAAGAUGAUGUUGAUAUUGCACAUGAUGAUGAACCUGAACAAGAUAUUGAACAACAAAAUGAUACACAAGAAAAAUCUUCACCACCAUCAACAUCAUCUUCAUUUAAACGAUAUGCAGGAACAAAAAGGAAUCGUCAUGGAACAUUCGAUAUUCAUGGUACAUCAUCAAAAACAACACAUACUGUCAAUCGUCCCAUUGUUGAUUUAAAUGUUCCAACACAUGAUUUAUCACUACCGUCAUCAUCAUCAUCAUCAUCAUCGCCGUCGGCUAAUUCAUCCUCUUCUUCAUCUCUUCUUUCAUUACCAACAGAAAGUGAUAAUAGUAUACGCAAAGAACCUGAAGGUGCCUCUCAUCAAAUUAUAAUUGAUGAUAAGUCUUCCACUGGUUUAGUUUAUGCAAGACAACGACCAAGUACUCUUUUACAACAACAACAAUCACCACGUUCCAUAACUCCACCACAAAAUCCAAUAAAACCAGCUGAAUGUUUUGUUAUUUCACCAACAUUUGAAGCAAAACCUUUUCCGAAUACAACAAUAACUGCUCCAAGACGAAAACCUGACAUUCAAUCGAAGCCAAAACCAACAACAUCUGUUAUUCCAACUAAAGAUAUAAAUUUUGAAGUUCCAUCAAAAAAUUCUCCAACAUCACCACCACUUUCAGCUCGUUCAAAUCAAAGUGAUACAGAAAAAUUUUCAUUUCGUCUUCAACAGCAACAGCAGCAACAACAACAACAACCUAUACGUCAUCACGAUUCUAAACAACAAUCAUCCUCAUCAAAUUUAAAAUCUUCACUUCAUACUUCUGAUUAUAUAUCAUCUUCAUCUAAACAAUCUGUUCGACCACAUACUAUAGUUAGUGAUCAAACACAUCCAUCACCAUUUCAACGUAAUUCAUCUGUACGUCAAACAAUGCCAGCUAAUACACAAUAUAAUCGACCAUUAUCUUCGUCAACAAUAACAACCGCAACUAAAUAUGUCGAUGAUAACGAAGAAGUUUUAUCAUCACAUCCAAGUUUAACUAAAGUUUAUAUGAAUAAAUCAUUUGCAUUACGUCAACAACGUUCCACUCUUAUACCACCAACCUCUAAAUCAGUACAACAACAACAACAAACAAUACCAAAACCAUUACCGACACGUCAAAUAAUAAAACCAACAACAUCUAUUCCAUCAACAUCAUUAUCAAUAAAUAAUUCGAGUGGACAAACAAAUCGUGCUGUUGAAUUACGUCGUGCACGUGCACAAGCAAAAAUUGAAGAAUUAGCACAACGUACAAGACAACAAUUACAAAAAACUGAACGACCUAAUGAUUUAAUGAGUGCAUCAUGGCAUAGUAAUGCAAGUAGUACAAGUAAAAAAGAUAUUUCACAAUUACGAGUAAAUCCUCGAUCAAUUAAUAAUAAUAAUAAUAUUUCAACGCAAAAACAAGAUUUACUAAAAACAAGAACAAUAUCAUCAACAUCACAUCAUCGAUCAUCAUCAGCAAGUCCAAAUCCAUUAGGAGAACCAACAACAAAAACAUCGAAAUAUCGAAAACCAAUGGUAUCAAGUGUUACUAGUGAAUCACAAUAUCAAAAAAUGAAUGGAAGUUGUUACAGUGAAGGAGAACGAUGUGAUUCAUUGCGUGAUGAUGGACAAAGAUUAGCAAUUAAAUUAAUACAACUUUCAUCUGGAAUAUUAGCAAAAUUGAAACCGAAUAAUACUGCAGGUGAUACUGAUUCGAGUGUGCGGGAAUUAGAACAGCUUGUUAAUCAAUUACAAACGGUUAAUCGAACAUUAAGCAGAACAUUAACAAUAUCUUUUAAAUUAAUCUGUGAUAGUUUAGUUGACAUUUUCUUAUUAUUACCACAUUCUUCAAUAGUAGAUAUGGCGGAGAAAAAUGCAGAUUCUAAUUAUGAACAAUCUUUACUUGCUUGGACAGCAGCUGGUCAACUUUUAAAAAGUAAAAAAUUAUCCAUGGGAAAUAUUGAAAAAAGAGACGAUUUACAAUGGAUAGGCGCACAAAUUUUUUUCCGACAUGGAGCUCGAACUCCACUGCAUUUAUUACCUAGUCUUGAAGAGGUUAUUUAUAGCAAAGAACAAAUAGAAAGUUAUCUUCCAUCAAAAUGGGAUAUAAAAUUAAUUACAAAAAAAGGAAAUGAUAUUGUAUCAAAAGAUAAAGUAUUAUCAGCAAGUGAAGUUGCUGGAAAUAAAAGUCAAAAAUUAAAAUCAGCGUCUGGUGAAAAUGUAAAAACAGGUCAAUUGACAGCUGUUGGAGAAAAACAAUUAUUUGAACUUGGAAGAUUUAUAAGAUCUCAAUUAAUUAAUGAUAGUAAUUAUGAUCAGGGGCUUUUACCAGCAACAUAUGAUUCAAAAUAUGUCUAUUGUCGAUCAACAUAUAUGGACCGAACAAUAGCUAGUGCUCGAUCAUUUCUUGCUGGACUUUUCUCAUCUGUUAAAACAGAUAAUAAAAUACAAACUAAUGGUCCAUUUGAAAUUGAAGUUCAACAUUUUCCCGAUGAAGAUUUGUUUCCUAAUCCAAAUAUUUAUCCAAUUCUUGAAAAUUGUCAUAGUGUUAAAUCACUUUAUACGUCAUUAAAUGAUGAUCAUGAAUUGAAAAAAGCUCGACAAGCUUUAAUUAAUCGUAUUGGUGUCACUGAAUAUCCACAUGGUAUUAUUGAAUUGUACGAUGAUAUUGUUUCGCGACAAGCUCAUAAUUUUCCUGUACCACAAGAUAUUCUCGAAUUGGCAAAAGACUUUGAAAUCAUGUCUGCACGAGAAUAUGUCUAUAGAGCUACAAAUAUUGGUUAUGAUUUAUUUAUACGUUCAAGUUGUGGACCAAUUCUUUAUCUAAUAAGAGAAAAUUUUGAUUCUAUAUUAAAAAAUUAUCUUGAAGAAGAAAAUAAUAAUAUAAAAAAACCUUAUCAUAAGUUUUUUAUUUAUUCUGGUCAUGAUAGUACAUUAAUUCCAUUAGCAAUGGCAUUCGAAAUUUUUGAUAUGCAAUGGCCCAAAUAUGCUUCACAUAUUUUAAUAAAAUAUUUUAUUUCCAAAAUUAAUCCAAAUGAAACAUAUGUGGUAGUUAUUUUUGAUGGCGAACCACAAAUAUUACCAGAUUGUCAAGAUUAUUAUUGUUCCUAUUCAACAUUCCUAAAAAAUCUUCAAAAUCGUUUUGAUAAACCUAAAAACUCAUCUCAAACUUAA